UCGCUUCGCUUGUUUUUCACCAUCAGCAGCGCAGUCUUUUUCGGAGCGUUUACUAUACGGCGAGCGCAGUGAAAUCUAUUUUUAUAAUCCUUAAAACGGACGGACGGACGGAACACAAUCGGGUUUCGGUUUUCCAGUGAAAAGGACCAUCAAUCGCUUCCUCGUACGCUGCCAUCGCGAAAGUAGUCGUCGCUUCGAAAAAUCUGUGUUUUCUCGUACGUUUUGAUUGCGCGAGUGAAUCAUCUUUGUUUUCGGCUGCUACUGCUUUAGUAACGGGACGAACGGACACAAGGAAAGCCUUACCCGGACGAGACUUUAGAGUUGAGAUUCCGACGAGAUGUUGACGAUUGAUAAGAUCAAGGAAAAAUACCCCAUCCAUUGGUUGGUGUGGAACAAUGACUUCCGCGAGCUGCAGCAGGCGAUCGAUAAGACUGAGCACGACCUGGAACAGUUGGACCCCCGCGGACGGACACCGCUCAUGCUGGCGGUCAAACUGUCCCACCUGGAGUGCGUGAAGGCCCUCCUGGCCGCCAAGUGCAAUGCCAACUUCGAGUGCGACGGAUGGUCCGUGGUGCAGGAAGCGGUCUGCUCCGGUGAUGCCAACAUCCUCACCUCCGUUCUGGAGGUGCGAGAUCUGCAGCGUCACAUCAAGCGAGUGUCGCACGUUCCGCAGCUGCUGCAGCACCUCCAAGAUACGCCGGACUUCUACGUCGAGAUGAAGUGGGAAUUCACCAGCUGGGUACCGUUGAUGUCCCGGGUCUGCCCGAGCGACACCUACAAGGUGUACAAACGGGGGUCGAACGUACGGAUCGACACCACCCUGCUGGGGUUCGAUAACAACACCUGGCAGCGCGGAAAUAGGAGCUACAUUUUCAAAGGCCAGUCGGAGUCGGCUACCAUGAUCGAGAUCGAUCACGACACCGGCGAGGUGUCGAUCGAACAUAUGCGAAACAUCGAAUCGGAGGACAUCGAUGGAAUUACGCCUUCGAAGGAAUCGGUGGCACUACGGUUGCAGGCUCCUGUGAUUUGUAAUCACAUCGACAUGGAUAAGAUCAGUUUCGAACGGAACAAGUCCGGAUUCUGGGGAUGGCGUAGCGAAAAGAUCGAAAACAUCAACGGGUACGAGUGCAAGGUGUACGGAGCGAGCAAUGUGGAAUUCAUAACCCGUACGAGAAACGAACACCUGAGUGAGGAACAGGCCCGCAUCAAGAGCUCCCGUACACCGCUGCAGCACUUCCUGGGAAUGACCGAAGAGGAUUAUGAUCAUGCGGGAUCCAACGCGCUCAGAGAUUCCGGAGCGUCGCCUUUGCUCGGUCAGGGUAACGGUAGCAGUUCCAACAAUAGCCCGGUUCAUGAAGCAGCAGCGGGAACAUCGAAUGCCUCGUCGGAUGGGACGGCUCCAAGCGUUGAGGAAUACUUCUCGCCGGAAGUGGACCUCCAGGGGCGGGACGUUGGCAAACCGAAACGAAUAUCCGCCAAGGUGCAGCGCUUCAAGGCGAACAUCUGGCUGAGCGAACAGUUCCCCAUCAAGCUGCAGGAACAGGUGCUGCCCAUUUUGGACCUGAUGUCGACGAUGGCCAGUCCGCAUGUGUCCAAGCUGAAAGACUUUGUCACCAUGCAGCUUCCCGCGGGAUUCCCCGUCAAGAUCGAGAUCCCGCUCUUCCAUGUGCUGAACGCGGUGGUAACGUUUGGAAAUGUGUUUGCGAUGGAAGCGCCGGUGGCGAACGUCAGCAGUUUGCAGGAGAGCGAAGAGCGCACCACGUGCAUCAUCGAUGAUUGCUGUUUCGACGUGCCGUCCGAGUACGUACAGCGGGGUAACGACUUCCGGCGGCAGAUAACCUUCGAGGACGAGGACGAGCUGAUGCAGUUCGCCAUCCAGCAGAGUCUGAUCGAGCAGGGCAGCGAAAACGACGAGGUGGACAUUUGGGAAGCGCUGAAAGCGGAACGCCCACUGACGCCGAGCUUCUACGAGGACGAGCAACUGCAGAGAGCUUUGCAAGAAUCACUGAUCUCAGGGUUUCGAAGCGGUAGCGCAACGGCAACAGCGGAGGGGUCUGCUGCGGAAGCCCAGGCCACAGGUACCCAGGAACCCCCGCCGGCCACGAAUGGUGGAACGGACGAACUGGACAGCAUACCGGACUAUCUGGACCCGAACCUAGAGCUGGCGAUCAAACUGAGCCAGGAGGAAGAACGCCGCCGCGAAGAGGAACGCAAACGGGAAGAAGAAAUGCUCGCCGAAGUGCUCCGGUUAAGUUUGGAGGACAAGUAGGGCUCCGUCCAAGGUAAGGCCCUUCUACUUUCAACCGGGAGGAGAAGGGGCGGUGAUUGCUUCCUGUAUAAUAGAGAGUAUUCUUCUUCUGUUGUUAAACUUAAACCGGUAUGACUUUUUCCACAUAACACGAUUCCAAAACUAGAUAAGAUAACGAAAGGGAGCGAGAAUAGGUGCAACACUAAGCGCCUGCCACGAGUAUGCGAUAUUCGUGAGUAGCGUACUAAAUAACGAUGAAGAAAUCUAAAAAGAAAAUCGAACAUCGUAAUAUUUAUAUUUAUUAUCACUAGCCAUUUUUUCUGUAAAAUGUAUACAAUAGAGACAGACAUGAAGCAACUUUUUAUAAGCCUGCAUCUAUUGACUUAGUCACUAUAAGCUGUACUCGAUACAAACUCUACGAUUAUUCAACCUGUAUGAUGCAUAUGAAACUAAAGACGAACUAACUGUAAGUUAACGACCUCUGUCAGUGCAUUAUUAUUUAUUAUCAUCAUACUGAUAUGGUUUUUCACACUACAAAAUGCUUGAAGACACGCAAAUUCGAUAAACUGGAACAGUUUCUUGUACACGCUGAGAGUUUUAGUUGCUUUUUUGUAAACCUUUAUAUUUACUAGUUUAUGUAAACUAUUAUUGCAGUACGAAACAUUUUAACAAAAUAUAUAUCUUUUGUAUUUCUAUCGAA